AUGCAGAUCUUUGUCAAGACUCUGACCGGUAAGACCAUUACCCUCGAGGUGGAGUCUUCGGACACCAUUGACAAUGUCAAGGCCAAGAUCCAGGACAAGGAGGGCAUCCCACCUGAUCAGCAGCGUCUUAUCUUCGCCGGUAAGCAGCUGGAAGAUGGCCGCACGCUUUCGGACUACAACAUCCAGAAGGAGUCGACUCUCCACCUCGUCCUCCGUCUCCGCGGUGGUAUGCAGAUUUUCGUCAAGACUUUGACCGGCAAGACCAUCACUCUCGAGGUUGAAUCUUCGGACACGAUCGACAACGUCAAGGCUAAGAUCCAGGACAAGGAGGGCAUCCCUCCCGACCAGCAGCGUCUCAUCUUUGCAGGCAAGCAACUCGAGGACGGACGCACCCUUUCCGACUACAACAUCCAAAAAGAGUCGACCCUCCAUCUCGUGUUGCGACUUCGCGGUGGUAUGCAGAUCUUUGUGAAGACGCUCACAGGAAAGACAAUCACACUUGAGGUCGAGUCUUCCGACACUAUCGACAAUGUCAAGGCCAAGAUCCAGGACAAGGAGGGCAUCCCACCUGAUCAGCAGCGUCUUAUCUUCGCCGGUAAGCAGCUGGAAGAUGGCCGCACGCUUUCGGACUACAACAUCCAGAAGGAGUCGACUCUCCACCUCGUCCUCCGUCUCCGCGGUGGUAUGCAGAUUUUCGUCAAGACUUUGACCGGCAAGACCAUCACUCUCGAGGUUGAAUCUUCGGACACGAUCGACAACGUCAAGGCUAAGAUCCAGGACAAGGAGGGCAUUCCCCCUGACCAGCAGCGACUCAUUUUCGCUGGUAAGCAGCUCGAGGAUGGCCGAACUCUUUCCGAUUACAACAUUCAGAAGGAGAGCACCCUGCACCUGGUUCUUCGACUCCGCGGUGGCAUGCAAAUUUUUGUCAAGACGCUCACGGGCAAGACGAUCACACUUGAGGUCGAGUCUUCCGACACUAUCGACAAUGUCAAGGCCAAGAUCCAGGACAAGGAGGGCAUCCCACCUGAUCAGCAGCGUCUUAUCUUCGCCGGCAAGCAGCUGGAAGAUGGCCGCACGCUUUCGGACUACAACAUCCAGAAAGAGAGCACCUUGCACUUGGUCCUCCGUCUGCGCGGCGGUAACUGA